CUUUAAUCCCGUACGCGUCAAACAUAAUGUUAACGGUGAUCUCGUUUCUCAAGCUUUUAGAUGAUGUCGAUCCAGUGCAAGAAUGUUAGGAGCUAAGACCUUGUUAGGCGACAUGCAGAAGAUUGACAGGUAUGUAUGAAGUACAUUGGAAAGGAAACCUGGUUACUGACCUACAAUAAUGCUCCUAAAUUUACCACGUGUAGAAUGGUCACGAUGCUGCCAGUAUCCAAAACUUCCAAGUCUUCUCAAAGUGUUCGCACAGAACCAAGUUAGCAAGCAGCAUGUUGGAGAGAUCAGGAAGUGUCAGUAUAGGAACUUGUGUACACUAAAUGUGAUUUACCACAGCGUUCAAAUUUCUAAAAUACAUACACCUUGUAUUCCAUUGUGGUCCACUGUACAUACUCUAUAUAGAACUUUCACUCAGAACUCUGGGUCACAGAAAGACUAUUACAAGAUUCUUAAUCUAGAGAAGAAUGCCAGUGAAUCAGAGAUAAAAUCAGCCUACUUCAAAUUGUCCAAGAAAUAUCACCCAGAUCUCAACAAAGGGGCGUGUACUGCUUCUUUCCUAGAUGUAGUAGAAGCAUAUGAAGUCCUAAGUAACAAAGUUAAAAGACAGGAUUAUGAUCAUACCAUUUCCCGUCGGACAAAACGUCAGCAGCAAGAGUCAAAUGACAAUAAGUUUUACAGCCAUCAGAAGCAGCAUGGAAAUUUUGACCAGGAAAUGUUUUACAGACGUCAAAAAUAUUGGGAGGAUAGGGACUUAGAACAUGAACGUGCACGUGCCUAUGAACGUGCACGUGCCUUUGAACGUGAACAUGCAAGUCCAUUCAUGGAACAUGAUAUGAGCUGCAAAGAUCGAGAUUCAAAAUGGAAUCCAAAUGAGUUGACAAGAAAAGACCACAUUCUCUCUCUAAUUAUGUGUACUUUAGCAACAGUAGUAAUGUUUAAAAUUUACAUGGACCUGGAGAAAAGAUCACAGAACUCAAAGGAAUCUCAUACAAAUAACGAGAUGAAAAAACUGGAAAAGGGAGGACUCAUACCCACUGUUGAUCUAGCAAAAAAGACUGGUGUCUAUGAAAAGGAAAUGAAGUCAUGAUGCCAUCCAUGGCUCCAACAUAAACCCAACUGUAUUUAAUUUUUAUCUAUUUGAACAUAUAAAACAUAUGAAAAAAACACAACACAACACAACACACGGUAACUAAACACAUCAGCAAUACACCAACUGUACAAUACAAAGUAAUUAUAAACAUCCCCAACACAACCUGUAUAACCCCACUAUCUAUAUAUCACAAGGUAACUAAACACACCACCCUAACACCUAUACAACACACAGUAACUAAACACACCACCCAACACCUAUACAACACACGGUAACUAAACACAUCAGCAAUACACCAACUGUACAAUACAAAGUAAUUAUAAACAUCCCCAACACAACCUGUAUAACUCCACUACCUAUAUAACACAAGGUAGCUAAACACACCACCCUAACACCUAUACAACACACGGUAACUAAACACACCACCCUAACACCUAUACAACACUAGGUAACUAAACACACCACCCAAACACCUAUAUAACACAAGGUAACUAAACACACACCCUAACACCUAUACAACACAAGGUAACUAAACACACCACCCUAACACCUAUACAACACACGGUAACUAAACACACCACCCUAACACCUAUACAACACACCGUAACUAAACACAUCAGCAAUAAACCAACUGUACAAUACAAAGUAAUUAUAAACAUCCCCAACACAACCUGUAUAA